GUGCACUUUGCGACCCCGCGACCGCGACCGCGAGGCAUGUGUAUGCCGGUGUGUGUUGGGUGUUGUGUUCUCGUGUACUACAGUCAUGGCAAAAUCAAACUUCAAUAUUGAUAGAGCGAAAACUCACAUAUUGAUGAAAGAAAAAUCUGUGGCAAAUUUGCUGCCUUCUGAGGAUGGAUUGUACCUGAAUGAAGAUGGGCAUUGGGAUUUUGAUAAAUGGCGUGAACAAUUUCAAAUUAAAAUAGUUAAGCGUAAUUCAUUGGAAAUGGAAUUUGACUUAAUAGGUAUUCAAGCUGCCAUUGUUAAUGCUUUUAGGAGAAUAUUGCUUUCAGAUGUACCUAGUAUGGCAUUUGAGAAAGUUUUAAUUUAUAACAAUACUUCCAUCAUUCAAGAUGAAGUUCUUGCGCAUCGUCUAGGCCUCAUACCUUUAAAGGCUGAUGCCCGUCAAUUUGAAUACAGACAGCCAGAUGAUGAAAACGGGACAGAUGUAGACACACUGAAGUAUAAAUUAAAAGUAAAGUGCAGCUGGAAUAAAAACGCUUCGCCAUCUGCACCUCUUUCGGAACAACAAGUUAAUACAAAUGUGUAUUCUUCACAAAUAAAAUGGCUGCCAAUGGGUAGCCAGAGCAAUGUAUAUAAACCUGAUGAUGUGAAUCCUAUUCAUCACGACAUUCUCAUAGCCAAGAUGGUUCCCGGUCAAGAAAUGGAUAUAGAAUUACAUGCUAUCAAAGGCAUUGGCCGUGAUCAUGCCAAGUUUUCUCCUGUUGCCACUGCAUUUUACCGAUUGUUACCUGAAAUAACUCUUUUAAGAGAUGUAGAGGAUGAUCUAGCUUAUAAAUUACAAAAAUGCUUUUCUCCUGGAGUAAUUGGCUUGCAGAAGACAAAGUCAGGAAAUGUGAAAGCAUAUGUGAGUGAUGCUCGCUACGACACUUGCAGUAGAAAUGUGUUUCGGCAUGAAGAUCUGAAGGAUGCUGUGCAGCUAGAAAGAGUAAAGCAUCACUUCAUUUUUACAAUAGAAUCUGUGGGAGCGUUACCACCAGAUGUAUUGUUUAUUGAAGCAGUUCGCACGCUCAAGAAUGAUUGUUUAGAUCUAUUACAAAAAAUGAAGAACAUGAAGAAAAGUGGAAAGAAGAAGAAGAACAACUAGUUCACCUAGAAUCUUUUAUAAUAAGAAAGAUUUUGGGCAGAAGCAUGUGCAUAUCGUAAUAGCAAGAAAAGGUGAAUAAUACUGGUUGACUUAGAAUUAUGCUGUUAGCAUAAUAUAUUUAGUGUUAAUUAUGGAAAGAAUGAAAAAAUGAUAAAAUAACUGUGAUGGUUGGAAAUCUGAGAUUUGUACUGGUUUGUUGCAAAAAUUUUUCAUAAUUGCCCUCAUGGACAGCUUUGCAUGGCCUUACAUUCACUGUUUCUCUGCAAUUGGUCACUGAAAAUCUGGGUUGACUAUAAUGGUUCACUGUAACUGCAAUUCAUCUGCAGUCAUAAACAUUCUUAUGCUGUGUCAUAAGUUAUAUGUAACAGGUUUUUACCUUGUUAAUGAACAAUAUCAUAAUACUAUUCAAGAAAGACAUGUCAAAUUUUUUUAUGGAUACAAAUAUCAUUUUUAGUAAUUCUUCUUGCUGGUAUGAGAUAGAAGCUAAGCUCAUGAAAUGAAUUGUAAAUUAAGUUUGGUAUUAUAAUAUGUUGUGUUAUUUUAGACAAUCCUUUUGUGAAAAUUUUCACAAAAUAUUUAGUGUCUGUGAUAAGAGACAUCAAUUUGUUUUUUAUAAAAAAAACGUAUAUCUCAUAUUGUGUGUAUAUUAUUAUUAUUAUUAUUAUUAUUAUUAUUAUUAUUAUCAUUAUCAUUAUUACCAAUCAGAGUAAUGAAAAUAAAUUGAAAUACAUAC